CAAACGCAACCCUUAAUUUCUUAACCUUCUUCUUCUUCUUCUUUCCUUCUCUCUCUCUCUUUCACAUUCAUUUUCCGUUGACUUUGUAUAUCAUGAAAUCUUGCAGCAGCCAAAUCAUUAACGUUUCAUUGCAAGUUGAUCUCAUCCAUCGCCAUGGCUAACAUAAACACUUUUCUUAACCCCCUUGAAUCCAAAACCAUCUGAUUUUUCAUCAUCAUCAUCAUCAUCAAGAAGAUGAACAAUACAAGUGAUUCAUCUGGGUACCUUGGCUCCAGCAACAUAAGUGGCUUUGGCAUGGGCAUCGGAAUUUCAAUUGGGAUUCUUCUGCUUAUCACAACCAUCACACUCACCUCCUACUUCUGCACCAGAUCACAGGUACCAACUGCUCCAAGGAGAAGAACUUCUUCUGGCCCACAAUUCCUCGAGCCACAGCAUACAGUAAUUGAUGUUGGGUUGGAUGAAGCCACAAUCAUGAACUACCCCAAGAUGCUGUACUCUGAAGCCAAGCUAAGGAAAUCUGAUUCCACAGCAACAAGCUGUUCCAUAUGUCUGGGAGAUUACAAAAGUUCUGAUGUGCUAAGGGUUUUGCCAGAUUGUGAACAUGUCUUUCACCUCAAUUGCAUAGACCCAUGGUUGAGGCUGCAUCCAACUUGUCCUCUCUGCAGAACAUCUCCUAUCCCAACACCUCUCUCGACACCUCUUGCAGAAGUUGUCCCGUUAGCAACAAGGCGAGAUUAAUUCAUAGUAUAUGUUUUUUUCAAUGUUGUAGUAGUACUGGUUCACCAAGGUUUUAAGGUUUAUCAGAGUUUCAUAAAAUACUUUAUUGAUUCA